AUGGCAGCCUUGGGAGCCAAUGCAAUUGCUGAAAUUCAGUUUGCGGAUUAUAUUUUCCCCGCUUUCGACCAAAUUGUUAACGAGGCAGCCAAAUUUAGGUAUAGAUCUGGCGGUAGCUGGGACGUUGGCAAACUCACAAUACGUUCGACUUGGGGUGCGGUUGGACACGGUGGAUUGUAUCAUUCACAAUCGCCAGAGUCGCAAUUUGCGCAUGCAGCAGGGCUUAAAAUAGUAGUCCCCAGAGGCGCUUACCAAGCUAAGGGAUUGUUGCUGAAGUCCAUAAGGGAUCCCAACCCUGUCAUAUUCUUCGAGCCAAAGGCCUUAUACAGAGCGGCCGUUGGAGACGUACCUGUAGGAGACUACGAACUCGACCUUUCAAAGGCAGAUGUGGUAAGAGAAGGGAAAGAUGUUACAAUGGUUGGCUAUGGUAGCUCUGUGGACUUGAUGCUUAAAGCUGCCGAGCAGGCGAAAGAACAGUUUGGAAUAGAAGUGGAAGUUAUAGACUUGCAGACCAUCCUCCCGUGGGAUGUCGAUACGCUGGACAGGUCAGUAUCCAAAACAGGGCGAUUAGUUAUUACACACGAGGCGCCUAAGACGCUAGGUAUGGGUGCUGAAAUAGCCGCUACUAUGGCUGAGAGGCACUUCUUCAAGCUGGAAGCUCCCAUAGAAAGGGUAUGCGGAUACGAUACCCCUUUCCCUCUCGCUUUCGAGAAGUUCUAUUUGCCGGAUCAGUUUAAAUUGUUGGAUGCCAUCAGGCGUGUCUGCCAAGUUUGA